GUGUGCUCUGACUGGAGAUGAAGUUAAAAAAAAUUUGCAUGCAGCGGUUCAUUACGAUUGAUGGCAAGGUCCGAACUGAUACAACCUACCCUGCUGGUGGUAUGAUUGUCAUCACCAUUGACAAGACCGGAGAGAAUCUCCGUCUGAUCCACGACACCAAGGGUGGCUUUGCUGUUCCUCGCAUUACACCUGAGGAGACGAAGUACAAGUUGUGCAAAGUAAGAAAGAUCUUUGUGGGCACAAAAGGAAUCCCUCACCUGGUGACUCAUGAUGCUCGAACCAUCUGCUAUUCUCAUCUCCUCAUCAAGGUGAAGGACACCAUUCAGAUUGAUUUGGAGACUGGAAAGAUGAUUGAUUUCAUCAAGUUCGACACAGGCAACAGGUGUAUGGUGACCGGAGGUGCUAACCUGGGAAGAAUUGGUGUGAUCGCUAAUAGAGAGGAACACCCUGGCUCUUUUGAUGUGGUUCAUGUGAAAGAUGCCCAUGGCAAUAGCUUUGCCACCCAGCUUUCCAACAUUUUUGUUAUUGGAAAAGGCAACAAACCCUGGAUUUCUCUUCCCCGAGGGAAAGGUAUCCGCCUCCCCAUUGCUGAAGAGAGAGACGAGAGACUGGCUGCCAAACAGAGCAGUGGGUGA